GCCUUUUUCGGAUACCAAUAAUCUACGUGAUACAGGCCAGGAUCAACGCGCAAGCAAGGGCAUGUCAAAAGAAAUCAAAGGACGAUCAAGGCAUGAGGCUGGAUGAAAUCCACGACUUUAUUUUACCAUAUUUCAGAGACAUAUAUAUCGACACCGUACCGGACUGCUGAGUGGAAAGAAAGAGAGCCAGAAGUAGAGGUACAAAUUUUAUAUUCUUCAGGUGAAUACCCAAGAUGGGAGACCGAGGUAAGCUAGUAACAAGAUGGCAGACAUCAUUACGCAAAGGAACAGAUUUUGAUUCUUGGGGACAAGUGGUGGAAGCAGUGGAAGAGUACCAAAUGUUAGAAAGACAGCUCAACAAGGAAAUGAAUGCCAAGCCGCCUGUUUUUUCAGAGAGCCAAAAGAAAACUCUGCAACAAAUCAUGGCCUGCCUGAACCUCAGAGCUGAAACAUUACAAUCACCAAGUGCAACAGAUGAACUUUCACUUGAAGAGUUAAAGAAGUUGGAUAAAGCUUUACAAGAUUUGCUAUCAAGUUCACCUUCAGAAUUUCCAGUGGACUUGCCUGCAGGAGCACUCCGGACACGGUCACCUAAGAUGAACUUGGAUAUCGAUAUUGAAGGAGAAGAAGAUGAAGAGGAUGAAGAAGAAGAUGCAAUGCCACAACUUCAGUCCAAAUCACAAAACAUCAAACCUACAGGCACGCUUUUACCAAGGAUAGCCCAUGAGCCUGGGACUACUGGACUGUCAAUCCAUUUAGAGAAGAUUGGUCUCAAAGAUUCCACCUCAUAUCUUGAUCCUUUUAUCACUGUCUCUGUCAAAGAUAUGGCUGGUGUCGAUGUCAUGAAAUCACAAGACACUCCUGUUGCUACUAAAAGAGAGGACCAGUAUGUCAUCUACAAAUCGAAUGUGGAGUUACAAAAACCACUGGAAAAAUUACCCAAAGGAACUGCCGUGUUCUUUGAGUUUAAGCAUUACAAGGCAAAGAAGAGGACGAUCAGCUGCAAAUGUUUUGCAUUCAUGGAGAUGGAUGAGAUCAAGCAUGGACCACUUGUCAUAGAACUAUAUAGGAAGCCUACCGACUUUAAAAGGAAAAAGCUGAGUCUGUUAACGUCCAAGCCACUAUAUCUUCAUCUAAACUUAAUUUUGUAUGAGAACUGAGGAACAACUCACUGCAGUGUUUUUUUUAUGCAGGGUGCCUUCUUUUUGAAAGGUAGCAGUUUGAGCAGAAAUACACUCUCAGGGGCCAAAUUAUGUUGAGGUUGCUAAUUUCAAAUUUAGUCCACUUGACGCUGUACUAACCCCAGCGCUGAAAGGUGAAAAUUCACUGUUGUGAAGUAUUGACUGUUUUUCUGUCUCGCUGCCGAAGGAGAUUGUUUUCUAUUAUAAAUAAUUCUUUUUACAGCACUCUGAAAAAUAAUAUCAAUAUGCUAUAAUGUACAUGCUUAAUACCAGUACUGUAUUCUUUAGAUUUAUAUAUUUCUAUUCUAUGUAUGAUCAUACAGUAUGUGGUUUUAUUGACAGGAAAUCUAGUUAAAUGGAAAUGCAAUAAUUAAUGACCUGGAAUAAAAACUAUUAAAUAUAACAUUAUUAUAAACAAUGAUUAGAAAUUGGUAUUAAUUAACUUUAAUGAGGAAGCAAGUUCAUUGAACAUGUACCAGAAACAACACAUUGGAUUAUAGUAGGUUAUAUCAGCUUAAAAAAAAAAAAAUGUGUGCAUGAAUGUUUUUUCACAACAUGACGAUUGAACAAACACAUCUCAUUAUUUCAGAUGUAUGUGUGCCUUGGUCUAUGUGUCAGUCAAUGUACAAACCAAUGUCUAAAUUGUAUUCAUUAUCUAUGUUAUUUUUUUUUUAAAUUUAAAUUUAAAUUUACUAGACAGUUGAGACUUAUCCUUUUUUUUGUACAAGGGAAUCAUUUGUAACUAACGAUUUUGUAAUACAUGUAGAUUUGUACAGAGUAAUAAAUACAUGUAUAUGCUUUGAUGAUA